AUUGAUUUCACUCAGUCUUCAUAACAGAUUGAGUCAAGAUCAAACCAUUUCAGAAAAAGGUUUAAUAAGCUUGAAUUCUGUUUGGAUAUUGUUUGAAAAAUCAAUAGCGCCUUGUGAUUAGAAACUUCAGCAAAUGUGCUGGUGUGUGCUGCAUAAGUGAAUAGGAGAAGGAUUUCAUGUGGAUUGUUAAAAAUGGACGCAACCACUACGCUGCACUUUGUGAACACAAUGGGAGAGAGUAUAACCAGAAUGAGAGAUGUCUUUGAUUAUAUUGGUUGCUUUCCCAAGGCAGCAGGAAGUAUAGACAGAGUCAGUGGAAGGAAGGUUCUUCGAAUACUGCUGUUCUGUUGCUGAUUGAAGUAUGUGAGCUGAAUUUCCAGCUGGAAAGACUUAACUUCCUGAUCAGGUCAUCAAAAAGUAGGAAACUGGAAUUCUGCAAUGGUAUUGUGAUAGCUGAGAAAUACUGACAGUUUGCUGAUGAAUAUAGGACAAUGGAGCUAUGUUUUCAACAAACACUUACAACUGACUCAAAUGAGAAGUAUGCAGGCAACUAUUGGGAAAUUAUGAUGUCACAGGUAAAGAUUUUGCCUUCCACACAAUUUAUGGGAAACAAUAGAUUGGAAAACAUGGCAUACCAGAUUCCAAACGCACAGCAAAAAUUCAUGGGGGACUGUAAGAAAAGAGCAGCUCCACCAGCUUCCCGGACUGCAUCAAUGCCAGAGUUGUCUCGUGAGCACUUUACACACACACCAAGUUUGAACAGCCAGAAUGGAAAUGAUAGAUUUAGCUACAAAAAAGGACUACUCCAGUACUAUUCAGGCUCUACAAAGUGCACAUCCAAUUUGAACUACUCUGAUAUUCCUUUCACAACAUAUGGCCGGAGAAUACCAGAAUCCUCAGCUUACAAAGCAACUAACUCUGAAAUUGCUUUUGCUGCAAGCAUUGAGAAAGUUCGAAUAAAAGACUCCUGUAUGCAAAAGAAAGAGUGUAUUACCUUGGUAACAUCUGAUACUGUAAAAUAUCACCAACUACCCAAACAAAGUACUGUAUCAAUUUACACUGUCGAUGAAAACCAUGGCACCAACAAAGAAACAAUAUCUUAUACAAAGGUCGAGAAAGUAGACAUUCCUUUUUCAUCAGUACCUAUCAAAAACAUUAACAACAAUAGAUUGAGCACCAUGAACGAAAACCUUGUUGUUCAAGUUCUAUCUGAAGAACCUGGAUAUAGCACAAAAAAUUGUUUUUUUGUUCCAAAUUCCCAUUUCGGAGCACCACAGCCUGAGCUGUAUGCAACAUCCAGCAAAGACACUGCAAUGAUACCAUCUGCUCUUAUCUCACUAGCAAUCAGAAAGGAAGCAGACAAAGAGCAUUCCUGUGCUUCAUCUAUUUGUUUACAGCAUGUCCAGCCUGGACACUCCCAUCAAUUAUUAAGAAAUCUAAAUGUUAAAACACUACACACGUCACUGUCAAAAAUGCCAGUUGAGUAUAGAAUUUUGGACUCCACUAUGCAUUGGAGAAAACGUGGAGUCUUAACAAAAUCCAGGAAAGGGUUUUCCUCCAUUACAAUUACAGCCCGAAAACUGAUGAGCCCAGUUAACAAUACUUCCAAACAAACCGUUAGUGCUUCUACUGAUGAGAGAAAAGCAACAGCAUGUGACAGAUCUGUGAAAGUUCUGAAAAAUUUCAAGAGUUCUGAAGGCAUUAUGCACGUUCAUUCCAGCACAGAUAAUAUGAAUGAAUUUCUUUGUGAUGGAUAUACAGCUACAGUGAAAUGUUCUGAGCCUCACUCAGUGUUACAUUCAACAGAAGACAGGCCAGGUUCUUUAAAAAUUGAUAGCAGGCAUCCUGAAAUCUUGCUGCUAAGCAACAAUGGUGACAAAACCCACCAUCUUGCACAGCAGUUUCAGUCAGUUGUAUCAUUUUCACAUUUUGAAGUUCAACCACAGUGCUUUAAGAGUGCGUAUUAUUUAGACAAAUCUCUUUUGGUCGAUUUUUGCUCUCUUACAAACAAUGGAUUAAAACAGAAAACAACUUUAUCCUUCAAGCUAAAUUGCACUUCUUCCAUAUCAUCAGCAGAUGGUGGCAAUGGCACAGUUAAACUCAUUCCAACCAUAGAAAACCCAAAACAAGAAGUUGAUUUGGAUCAAAAAACAUUGGAUGUAUCCCUGAUAGACAAUUACUGCAUUCAGGAACAAAUAUCAACUGCUCAGAAAGAUUGUAAAACUAUAUACCAAUGUAAUGGACAUGUGCAUUCUGCUAUAAAAGAUGCUCCAAGUCUACCUGAAGGGUCUGCUUAUUUCUGUUUAUUCCUUCCAAAUACGAAAAAAGGAACUAAUUAUGCGAGACUCGAUCAGAACUAUAAGUGUCAUCACCAAAAAUGGCAGCAUCCCUUCUCUGAGAUUGUAAUGGAAACAGAUGAUAUAACAUUUCAAAAAAAUCAUGUUGCUUUAAUUGGAAAGAGAAAAGACAGUGUGAAACAAGGAGGACGUAAAUCCACCUUCAGAAUGAUAGCAAAGUUUGCAACAGGAUCUCCCACUCUAUAUCAAGGUGAAAACAAUAAAGUUAGCUGGUUACAGCUCAACACUGAGUGUGAGAAAACCACUUUGCAACUACUCACAUUGCGGGAGGCACUGGAGACAUAUAAACCAGAUUUCAUCUCUCGAUCACAGAAGCGUAUCCAACAGCUUGAGGUUAAGGCAAAGCGGAGGAAAAUCCAGUUGGCUGAGCCGAUGAAACUGCAAAGGAAAAGAAUGGAACUUCCAGUACAAAACAUGCCAUUCCUUUUGCCAGUUAAGAAACGACAAUGUACUGUACCACAUCCUUUGAGUGAUAAUCUAUUUAAACCAAAGGAGAGGAUGAUUCCAGAGAAAGAAAUGCAGAUGAGAUCCAAAAGAAUUUAUAACAUGCUGCCAGAGGUGAAAAGAAAAAAGGAGGAAGAGAAGAAGAAAAUUAUUUCUCAAACAAAUCGAUUGCGUGCUGAGGUUUUCAAAAAGAAAUUGCUUGACCAAAUACUGCAGAGAAACAGUGACAAUGGGCAAGAAUCAGCAUGAAGAACUGUUACCUGAGGCUUCCAGAGAAAUGUUAUCAUUGAAGCCACUUCAAUUUACUAAAAUGCUAAUUGCUCAUAAACCCACCCUAUUAGGUUUGAAUCCAUUGGUUUUUAAAUUGCAAUUUUUCUGAAUCUGUAUGGAAAUUCAUAACUGGUGAAACCAUAGUUCAACAUUUUUUCACAGCACUUGCAGGGAGGGUCAUUGGUUCAUUAGACACAGCUGCAAUUACAACAGAAAUAAUGCAUGUUUAAUAGUUAUACAUUUCAUUUUAUUUUCAUCCACUGGAAUCAGAUCAACCAGGGUUCCUGCCUGGUCUUGAUGGCUUUGGUCACAGCUCUGAAUGUAUUUUAUGACAAUUUUUUAGUCUCAGUGUCAGAUUAAGAAGUCGUGGACCCCUGAACAAAGAACAAAGAACAAAGAAAAUUACAGCACAGGAACAGGCCCUUCGGCCCUCCAAGCCCGCGCCGAUCGAGAUCCUCUGUCUAACCUGUCAUCUAUUUUCUAAGGGUCGGUAUCCCUUUUCUCCCUGCACAUUCAUAUACCUGUCCAGAUACACCUUAAAAGACACUAUCGUGUCUGCGUCUACCACCUCCGCUGGCAACGCGUUCCAGGCACCCACCACCAUCCGUGUAAAGAACUUUCCACACAUAUCUCCCUUAAACUUUUCUCCUCUCAGUGUGAACUCAUGACCCCUAGUAAUUCAGUAACCCACUCUGGGAAAAAGCUUCUUGCUAUCCGCCCUGUCUAUACUCCUCAUGAUUUUGUAGACCUCCAUCAGGUCCCCCCUCAAUCUCUGUCUUUCUAAUGAAAAUAAUCCUAAUCUACUCAACAUCUCUUCACAGCUGGCGCCCUCCAUUCCAGGCAACAUCCCGGUGAAACUCCCCUGCACCCUCUCCAAAGUAUCCACAUUCUUUUGGUAAUGUGGUGACCAGAACUGUACACAGUAUUCCAAAUGUGGUCAAUCCAAAGUCCUAUACAACUGUAACAUGACCUGCCAACUCUUGAACUCAAUACCCCAUCCAAUGAAGGAAAGCAUGCCUUCUUGACCACUCUAUUAACCUGGAUUUUGGAGCAAGGCCUCCCUUGGUCUACUGUACCACAUUUAUGCAAUAAAACAUAUGGUGAAACUGGCCUGUAGCAGUUUGACACACUAUAUUAGUAUAAAAGCAAACAAUAUUACAAAUAUAAUUAAGUGAAUCUGUAACAUUACAAACAGACCCCAUCUUGGUACUUAACUCUAGCCAAUAGAUCAUAUUUGGUUGAGACCCUUAUAAGCCUAUAGAGGUGCAUUAAUGUGUCUCUUGUUGGUCGACGGUCUCAAUGUCAGACAUGACUUGAAUUGUAGGACAAACCUCUAGCGAUAGUUACAGAUUGUUUGGCAUUUUUUCAUUUGUAGAUGAAAGCCAAAUGUCAGCCAUUCUAUUUGGAAUCAAUCCGUAGAAUUUUUGAUUAUCUUUGUAGAUCCUGAAAGACCUUCCAAAGUGUUUGGAUGCAGGUUCAGAACCAAAAGGUGUGGGGAAGAAUAUUCAUCUAACCUCACACCCUACAGCAGUGAUCAGGAAGGGAUAGUGACAUUUGUGAAGCUUGGUAAUCUUUACAGAGCCUGAACAUAAGGAUACAUAAAGGAGAAAGAAUAAAGAUGUGGAGAACGACUCAGAAAAAUAUGCCCUUGAGCACAAGUACUAAUUUGAGCAUUCAUUACUUCAGUUUUUCUAUGCUCCACCUUUUUGAAAAUUUCAAGCAUUUUUGCUAAACUAAAUGAAACCACUUUGAAACCAUAUAGGCAUAUUAUACAUCUAUAAAACAAUACACUUCAUAUAUUGAAUUAAUCUGCUCCAUUUUUUACAGUUCUGUAAUGGCCUGGCACAAUUAUUAAUGAAUAGUCUUUGCAUUGAACUCAGUGUAGCAAAUUAUAGUUAACAAAGCAAGGUUUGUAAUAAUUACAUAUAACUUUGAAUUGUGUAAACCAACAGCAAUGUGAACAAUCUUAACUGAUCAGAGUUUAAAAUUGCAAAACUAAUCAAAAAGAAUCAAUAAUUUAAUCCCGUAUUUGGAUAUUUUGAAUUUUAAGUUAUAUCUCACUGCCAGGACAACUGUUAGCAUUUAUGAACCACACCAAAUAGUAUUAAAAGAUGAUUAACUGCUGACCUUUAAUUUUCCUUCCUGUUUGGAUUAACUACCCAAAAAAUAUUAUGUAUCUAGAUUUGAUUUUUGUUUCAUUUAAUUAAAGACUAUAUAAUGUUCUUUUUUUAUAAUGUCACAGUCCCUCUGCCUUUAGUAGUCUUCUUACAAGUAAAAAAAAUUGAAAUAGUCAUACUGCGAAAGAAAUAAAGCCAGAUUAAACACUAA